AUGCACAGGCAGACUGACAUUGAGAACAUUGCACCAGAACGUACUCUUGUCCCCAUCCGUCGCAUGUCCACUCUUAUCCCACUCCGCAAGGCGUCCCGCUCCGCCCACCACCCCCUCGACGGCGUAUUCCCGCGUAUGGAUCCUCUCCAGACAUCCACAAACACCUUUGAGUCUGAAUACACGCCAUAUCUCGACCAACGACGCGUCGAGCGCUCCGAAAAACGCGUCCAACGCGUCGGCACUAAGAGCAGCAUCCCGCGGCCAUCCCACAUGUCGCACAGGACGGCCGAUCAUGGCGAUGAGACUCGCAAGAAAAAGGAGAAAUCAAAGUCAAAGAGCGCGUUUAUGUUCCCUGGAACCCUCAACUACCAGCCCGUCACGACCCAGUUUCCCAUGUCCCCACCGCCCGAGGAAGAGCUUCGGUUGCAACGAGUGACCAGGCCCCCUCACGAUUUCAUGCACAAGCUUGCCGCCAUCGUCCCUAUCGAUACGACCAAACCCAUCUCUCGCGAAAAGGAAAAGGAUAAAAAUCCUAGAAAGAGACAGAGGUCGCAGUCUCGAGUGCGCUCUCGCGCCGCCAGCCCAGAUCCGUCGCCGCGCAAAUUGGUCAAAACACAUGAGGGCGACACGAGCUUUGGGUCCAGCCGGGGUCGUCAGCCUCGGCGUGACUCAUUAUCACAAGAAUCACUGGAUCGGUCACUUUCUCGUGAUCGCUCAGGAGUACAAGAGCACUCGACGACCAAGGUCAAAAAAUCGCGCGAGUCGAAGCAUGCCGACGAGACUCAAAAGGCAGAUAGGAGAAAGUCGAAUCCUGAAGGAAAAUCGCGUCCUCGUUCGCAUUCUCGAUCAAAUCUAAAGUCGAGAGCCAGCGCACCUGGACCGGCUUCCAGUCGCAAGUCUGGCGCCUCUCAGUCGAGUCGAAGAGCGACGUUGAACACGCCUGCGAAUCGAUACGUUCGACCCCCUCCAUUUGAUUCCCUUCCGCCUGUCGCUCCCCCCAGCCCCUCUGAUGACCCCUUAUUGCUCGUGCCUUCGCCACGGCAUCGCUCCAGAAAGUCGCUGGCCAGUCCGAGCAAAGAUCACAGAUCGCCGAACCGACGACAGACAGUUUCGAGAUAUGACUGGACGAUGGAGUCGAGCGACCCCCUCUCACGCAAUGACAUUUCCUUGCACGAGGAAGAGUGGGACAAAAGCAUACUUGGGCUUAGGGCACACACGAAGACUGCGGCUGCUACCGAAAAGCAAAAGAAGGAACGAAAGAGGAAAUCGGCAGUAGAAGUUGUACCACCUUCGCGACAUGUGGAAGAGCCCGUCGCCCCUCUUUACGACGAAGAUUCUCAGAUGCGUGAUGUGUUUUAUGACGAGGUCGCUGCCGUUGAACAAGGAUGGGCCGAACCUGUCGAGGAGCCAUCGUAUCAAGAGCACUCGGCUGAUGUUCCAAGUCACGAAUACGAAUCUCAAGUGCAGCAGUAUCCGGAUGAAGGAGUUCAACGGGACUAUGUCGUCCCAAUGAACUUUGGCUCGAGCGUCUCUCAGCGUAUCGAGUCGCCCAUUGGUCUCACAUCCCCUCCUGCGGUAACGACAGGAACAUCGAAUGGCUCUCCAGACCUUUUACUAUUCGCAUCGCCAACCAAGCGAAAGGGUAUUCCUCCGCCAGUAAAGGCAUCGUCCACGCGCUCCGUCCGUCCACCGAGUCCUUGGCUCCGUCCGUCUGUUGCCCAAGAGGAGUCCUUUGCACAACAAGAGGUUGAAGAGGAGUAUUGGGCGCCACUCCAAGAUAAUGCGUCGGAUAGCGAUGAAGAGCAGCAGGUUAUCGAGGACGUGGAUCAGAGUGCGCCCGAACUCCCGCCUCGAGAAGAAGAGCAGGAGCCCGAAGAACAGGAACCUGUCAGCAUUCAGCAGCAAACUCGCACGACACCGGUACUUGAACCCAUCUUCCCUCGUCGAUCUGUUUCGAAAGAACCUACCCGCCGAUCUGUCUCCCGCGAACCAAGUGUUCAGCCUACCACACUGGUAUUUAGAGCACCUAGUGUACAACCUCCAUCAAAAGCGACCAGCCUUCAACCUACAGCGAUCUCCCGAGCCCCCAGUGUACAACCUACCAGAGCAGUGUCCAGAGAGCCUAGCUUACAGCCAGAAAUUGAACAUACCCAAGAUGUAGUUCCACUGGCUCCUGCCAUACCGACAGUCGUUCUCGCCCCCGCUACGCCUUCGCCCAUCAAGCCUGUCAAUCGUACUUCCAGAGUCGAACAACCGGCGCAAGUGCCAUCUCCUAUUCAGCAAGCUUCGCCAGCCCCUUCCCCCCCCCGUGCACGCGCCACGUCGUCUUCACCUCGCUCACGUACGCAAACAGCCUCACCUGUUCCUUUUACACGCCGCUUCAUGUCUCCAAUUCCACCUACACAGUCCUCUGGUCCGAUCUACAUUACCCAACCUUCUACUUCUGCUCAGCACCGCGGUCAGCCAGAAAUGUCUGCCGCACCUCCUGAGCAAGAACAGAGUGGGUACGAGAGUGACGAUCAUGAGAGUGGUGGAUUCGGCGGUGGCAAGACGCUUUCGCAGCGUUUUGCGGAUCUCGAGGUCAAGCUUGCAAAGGAAGGGCGUUCGUUUAGGUUUUCAGAGAUUGCGGCUAUCCCUUCGUCGGAUCAUAGCAUUCGCUUCGGCCCUAGCGACCUCCCGGAUUCGUCCCCGCAAAAGGCGAGCACGGUUGAUGAGGAAGAGCAAGAAGAGGUGCUGCAAGAGUCGUUGAUUGUCGACGAGGAAGAUACAGAUGCCAUGGACAUUGUUCUCGAGUCCGCGGCUCCAGAGAGGAAGACCCCAGUCCUCCAAGAGGAGUCGGCCUCGUUCAUCUCGCCUAUUCAACGCGCCCCGUCUGUUCACGAGGAAAGCGUGCAGGUCGCUCAAGAGUCGCAUAUCGAACAGGUUGUAGACGCCAGUAUACAAGAUUCUAAGGCUCCGGCAACGGUUGUCGUUCCAUCGCUCGGCUCGGCGUUUCCUUCGCCGCUCAUGGCCCGACAGGAGAUGCUUGUCGACGAAGAGGUUCAGGCAGAGGAAGCACCCGAGGAGAUGGUCGAAGCUGGGCCUUCAUGGGAGGAUGAUACCGAUGCCGAGCCACUCGUCCAGAUUAGGAGCAUGGAUCCUCAUGCUGCUGCGCGUGCUGCUGCUAUUCUCAACUUGCAUCACGAGUAUGUCCAAGGAACACCAAAACGCCGUGCCUCGUCGGUUGCUUGGAGCAACGCUUCUCGUCGUCAUUCGGUCACACCCGCCGUUGGUGCUCAACCUCGAAGUUCGCAGGUGUUUGCUACGCCAAGCCGGAUUGGUGGAGAAGUUAGCCAACUCGUAUCCGUCCCUCAAUUCGACGACAUGACCAGCCUUCGUGGGGUUUCGAUGGCCCCAAGCGCUGUAUCAGAAGUGCAACGUGUGCCCCCUCCGUGGACUCGACAAGAGUGGAAGGCACUCGAGCAGUGCUUUACCGACGUUCGCAACGAGGCUGCCUUGGCUGCUGGAAUGGACGAUGUUGACCCAGAGGAUAUCGAGCUCGACGACGUUGUGGACCGUUUCGUCGACAACUUUGCUCAAGGUAUCAGGCUCAAGGGAGAAUGGAGCUGGGAUAAGAUGCGCCGCCGUGCAUGUGCUCUCAUUUCCCGUCAAAAGGAAGGCAAAGCUCGCGGGCUCGCUCCAAGCUCUCCUGCUCUCUCCAUGAUCACCCCCGUACGCCCAUCAGUUGGCGUUCAACGCGCUGUCAGGAUGCCCUCCGAGGCACCGACAAACUACAGUCAAGACAUGACACCCUCACUGCCCCGACGCAACCGCGAUAUGCCCCCUCCAGCCCACAUUCCCAUCCGAACGGCACACAUUGAUCGCUCAAAGUCUCCAUACCCAUCGCUUCCACCAUCAAAACCGUAUCAGAUUCCGUCUGCAACCCCUCUUGGACCGACUGUUCGCUCUGCUACAGAGCCAACGUCUGCCUCGCGCCGCAUGCUCAAUUGGAUGGGCUCAUUCUUACGCUCGGGUAGCCAAGAGCCCAAGAACAAGCAGAUGAAAAACACUCAAAACGAGUAUGUGCCUUGCUUGCCGCCCAUUUCCGACGCGGAUCGCGAAGCGCUACGACACGUGCCUACGCCACCACCAAAGCGCAAAGAACGCAUCGUGCCGCCCAAGGAGCAAGUGCAGCUACAACACGUCCCGACGCCACAACCAAUUCGCAUCCCGCGCAAACUGAAUCACAAGAGCAGCACGGGCAGCGUCAAAGAUAUGAUCAAGAGCUUUGAAAGUCUGUCCGAGGACGCGUCGCGCUCGAGUAUUAGCAUCCGAUCAACAAUUCCACACAAGAUUUCGAACAUUUCGUUGGCAUCGUCUGCACGCACCGCCGAGUCGUCGACCGAGUGGUCCAAGGAACGCUCCGAGUUGCGCGAAAUGUCAUUUGGCAGUGUGCGCUCAUUGGGAGAAGGAAGAAUCAAAUCUGACACGAGUUGGAUUCGAGAGUAA